AUGUAUGAAGGUCUUGUUAUGAACGAGGUUUUGGAUGACCUCAAAAUAAAAAUAGCUAACUUAGAAAAUAAACUCCAAAUAGCCGAAACAGAAAUAGAAAAUUUAUUGUUGGAAAAUAGCUCUCUAAAAAGACAAAUUUUAAACUAUGAAAAAAAGACGAAACAACUGACACACAUAUGUCAAACAACGCCGGUAAGAAGUGCUAGUUUAAGAGGACGCAAGAGCCUAAAUAAAAAUAAAUUUGAUUUCACUUGCUUAGACCAAACAAAAGAUAAAUUUGUUACUCAACCACAUAAUGAAUCAGAUGAAAAUAAAUCAUCCAGCCCAAAAAAGACACCGGAGAAUGUAAGAAAUGGGGAUAAUACUACUAAAUUGCCUGCACAGAAAAGAGAAGACUCCACUGACAAUACUAUAACAAAUGAGACGAAAAAAGGUAUUAAUAUUAAGUGA